AUGGCGGCGGAGGACGAGCUUGAAGCGCUUGAUUCGCUCAACUCUCUGGAAAAGGAAGCUUCUGAGUUCAACAAGGAUGCGGAGAUCGAUCGCAUAAGAAAUGCUUUUCAAUUAGAUGCCUAUGCAGUCCUCGACCUCCAACCUGGCGUCCCAGACUCUGAUAUAAAAGUCCAGUAUCGAAAAAUAUCUCUCCUCAUCCAUCCUGACAAAACCUCCAACCCAGCCGCCCCCGAUGCUUUCGAUCGUCUAAAGAAAGCGCAAACAGCACUACUUGACGAAAAGCAGCGGGCGCACCUCGAUGAAUGCAUAGCAGAUGCACGACGAUUGCUGAUAAGAGAACACAAAUAUAACCUAGACUCUCCGGAGCUCAAAACGGAAGCAUUUAAGAAAGAAUGGAGAAAGAAGACGGUAUAUGUGUUGUUGGAGGAAGAAGCGAGACGGAGAAGGCAGUUGAAGGGUAGGAUGCAGGAAGAAGGAAGGGAGAAGCAGAAAGAGGAAGAGGAAUUGGAGGCGAGGAAGAGGAAAAGGGACGAUGAGAAGGCAUGGGAAGAGACGAGGGAUACACGUAUUGGAAGCUGGAGGGAUUGGCAGAAGGGCAGGAAAGGUGGUGAUAAAGGUGAUGGGUCAGGAAAGAAGAAGAAGAAAAUGAAAGUAUUGGGAUAG